AUGGCAGCGUUUUCAGAGAUGGGAGUUAUGCCUGAAAUUGCGCAGGCAGUGGAGGAGAUGGACUGGCUACUGCCUACUGACAUUCAAGCAGAAUCUAUCCCACUUAUUCUUGGUGGAGGCGAUGUACUGAUGGCAGCCGAAACUGGUAGUGGCAAAACAGGGGCAUUUAGUAUCCCCGUAAUCCAGAUUGUGUAUGAAACCCUCAAGGAUCAACAAGAGGGAAAGAAGGGGCGCGCCUCGGUAAAGACUGGAGGAACCGUCUUCAACAAAUGGCAGAUGAAUCCCUAUGACCGUAGUUCUGCUUUUGCUAUCGGGCCAGAUGGUUUUUGCUGCCAGAGCAGGGAGUUCAAAGAAUGGCAUGGCUGCCGCUCUACCAGGGGUGUAACCAAAGGAAAGUAUUACUAUGAGAUGACUUGUCAGGAUCAAGGGCUGUGUCGUGUGGGUUUUUCUACUAUUCAAGCUGUUCUGGACUUAGGAACUGACAAGUAUGGUUUUGGAUUUGGAGGAACUGGAAAAAAAUCUAAUAAUAAGCAGUUUGACAGCUAUGGAGAGGAAUUCACCAUGCAUGAUGUCAUUGGAUGCUAUUUGGAUCUGGAGAAUAGCCAAAUUUCUUAUUCCAAAAAUGGCAAUGAUCUUGGUGUUGCAUUUGAUAUUCCACAAAACCUAAAAAACCAAGCUUUUUUUGCCUCCUGUGUUCUGAAGAAUGCAGAGCUAAAGUUUAACUUUGGAGAUGAGGAGUUCAAGCAUAAACCUAAGAGUGGGUUUGUUGCAUUGGACCAAGCACCAGAGGGUCAUGUUGUCAAGUCAUCUCAAACAGGAAGUGCACAAGUGACCCAGGUGAGCACAUCCUCUAAUUUACCUAAAGCUCUUAUCAUCGAACCAUCGAAGGAAUUGGCAGAGCAAACUCUCAACGUUGUGAAACAAUUUAAGAAAUUUGUGGACAAUCCGAAACUCAGAGAAUUACUCGUGAUUGGUGGCGUGGCUGCCAAGGAUCAGUUGGCUGCAUUGGAGCAAGGAAUCGAUAUAGUCGUGGGGACACCGGGCCGACUGGAUGACCUCAUAUCCACAGGGAAACUUUCUCUUGCCCAAGUUAGAUUCCUUGUCCUGGAUGAAUGUGAUGGACUUCUUUCUGCAGGAUACACCGACUUUAUAAACAGGCUUCACAAACAAAUCCCUCAGGUCACUUCUGACGGAAAGCGGCUGCAGGUGAUAGUCUGCUCCGCCACGUUGCACUCGUUCGAUGUGAAGAAGCUGUCGGAGCGGAUCAUGCACUUCCCCACUUGGGUCGAUCUGAAAGGAGAAGACUCUGUGCCGGAGACUGUCCACCAUGUUGUGGUUCCAGUCAAUCCCAAAGCUGACCGCCUCUGGGAGCGGCUGGGCAAAAAUCACAUCCAGACUGAUGAAGUACACGCCAGAGAUAACACUAGACCUGGAGCAAACUCUUCAGAAAUGUGGUCAGAAGCCAUCAAAAUCCUAAAGGGAGAGUACACCGUCAGAGCCAUAAAAGAACACAAGAUGGAUCAGGCAAUCAUCUUCUGUCGCACAAAGAUCGACUGUGACAAUAUGGAGCAGUACUUUAUCCAGCAGGGCGGAGGGCCACAUAGUAAAACUCAUCAGCUUUCUUGUGUGUGUCUUCAUGGUGACCGCAAGCCAAACGACCGGAAAAGUAACUUGGAAAGCUUUAAGAAGAAAGAAGUGAGACUGCUGAUCUGCACUGAUGUUGCCGCGAGAGGAAUCGAUAUCCAUGGAGUUCCUUAUGUUAUCAACGUGACUCUACCUGAUGAGAAGCAGAACUACGUGCAUCGUAUCGGCAGAGUUGGAAGAGCAGAACGAAUGGGACUCGCUAUUUCUCUUGUUGCCAUGGAAAAAGAGAAGGUGUGGUACCAUGUGUGUGCAAACAGAGGACGAGGCUGCAACAACACAAAACUCAAGGAAAACGGAGGCUGCACCAUCUGGUACAACGAGAAGGAGCUGUUGUCCGACAUCGAGGAGCAUCUAAAAUGCACCAUAACUCAGUGUGAGCCAGACAUAAAAGUGCCUGUCGACGAGUUUGACGGAAAGGUCAGCUAUGGCCAGCGCAGGGGAUUGGGAGGGGGUAAUUACAAGGGGCAUGUGGAUGUUCUUGCCCCAACUCAGCAGCAGCAGCAGCAGGACCGCACGCUUCGACCGCAACAGAUGUCUUAA